CUUCGCUGUUUGAUGGGUCCCUCCAAAAGAUGCUAAAAAUAAAUAUACGGAGCAAAAUGCACCAGUUCUUGAUAUUUUGACUCUUCCUCUACGUACGUGGCAGCUUCACCACGCUGCUAUGAUCCAUGGACGCUGCUCGUCACACAAACACUGAAACACCCGCCUCGUUGUUCCCCUCUGCACUGACUGCUGACUCUGAGCUGAGCUAGUCCUCCGAUCCAUCCCAAGCUGGACGAACAGAGACAGUAGGCGCGUCCAUGGCGCUUCGAACUUCAAGGACGCUGCCGCCGCUUCUGCUCGCGGCUCUCGCCGUCGCGCUCCUCUUGCUUAGCGCCGCCGAGGCACGCGUCCUCCUCACGCUCGACGACUUCGGCGCCGUCGGGGACGGCAUUGCCAACGACACCCAGGCGUUCGUCGACGCCUGGAGCGCGGCGUGCGGCACCGGCGACACGACGUACCUCAACGUCCCCGCCGGCAAGUCCUACCAGAUCUGGCCCCUCACGCUCUCCGGCCCCUGCCGCAACGACAUCAAGCUCCUGAUCUCCGGGAACAUCGUGGCGCCGGAGAACCCUGACGACUGGCAAGAAGAAGGCAGCAGCAGCCAAGUCACGCAGUGGCUCCACUUCCGCGGCAUGAGCGGCCUGGCGCUCAGCGGCGGCGGCAUCGUCGACGGCAGGGGCCAGCAAUGGUGGGCGCGGCAGACGCAGAAUUCCAAUUCCUCCCAGCCCCAGCCUGCAAUGGCGGCGGCUCCCAAGGCGGUCCACUUCGAGGACUGCGAGGACGUGAGCGUCAUGGGGAUCACGGUGCAGAACAGCCCGCGGCAGCACCUGGCCUUCACCCGCUGCUACAACGUCAAGGCCAACUACCUGCGGGUGACCGCGCCGGAGGACAGCCCCGGCACCGUCGGCGUGCUGCUCGCCAGCUCCACCAACGUGCACGUCAUGGACGACCUCUUCUCCGUCGGUGGCGAUUGUGUGUCGAUUGUGGGGAAUUGCACGGAUGUGCGUCUCAGAGCCGUCUCGUGCGGACCAGGCGCCGGUAUCAGUAUCGGGGACUUGGGCGAGGACCAGAGUCAGCACAAGAUCGAGAAGAUCAAGAUGGACACCCUCUUCAUCUCCAACACCAAGAACGGCGUGCGCGUCAAGACCCACGAGGACGGCUGCGGCUUCGCGCGCAAGGUGAAGUUCGCGCAGAUCCUGAUGAGGAACGUGUCGAACCCCAUCAUCAUCGACCAGCACUACUCAUACUCCAACCGGGGAACGCCCUGCGGAACCCCGAACGCGAGCGCGGUGGCGGUGGAGAAGAUCAACUACAACGACAUCACCGGCACGUCGGCGACGGAGCUGGCGGUGACGUUCGCGUGCAGCGACGCCAUGCCGUGCAGGCGGCUGUCGAUGUCCGGGGUGAACCUGACAAGGGCCGGCGGCGGGGGGAACGUGUCGGCGUACUGCCACCAGGCGUUCGGGAGGAACGUCGGCGAAGUCGUGCCGGAGUCCUGCCUCGGCGAGGAGGACUUUGUCCAGCUGCAGGCUCCGGGCGCCGCCGCCGCAGUCACCGAAGAAGACGAGGAUGACGAUGAUGCGGCAAAUUGGUAAAGCUGUAGCAAACAAGUUCGCGACAUGUAAUUUGAAUUAGUGUAUUUUGAUGGUCUUGUUUCCAGGACGUAGUUUUAGGUAGAUAUAGACUACGGUGUGGCCUUUUGUGAUGUGUUAUAUCUUCCCUGAAUCUUAAGGAGCUGACAUUCCUUAGUUUUGCAAGUUAAUCGCCAUUCUGGUCACUGC